CACAGGACACCUCACAGGCCAAAUACUACUCCUGGUUAUUCGACUUCAAAGACGGCAACAACGGCGGCCAGAAUUUUCUCUCGUUUGGAUAGUGUCGAGGAGGUGCAACGCGGUCGCAGUGGCAGCGCUGUUGGAAUAACGCCGGCUGGCGGUCCAGGGGCGGCAGCAGCCGGAGCAGGUGCGGUUGGGGGCGUGGCAGGCGUAGGAGCCGGAACAGGAGCGGUGGCAGCGGCAGCGGUGGCAGCAGGUUCUCCGGCCAGAAGUGGCCAGCAGCAGUUUGUCGGCAUCGGUGGAGGAGGCGGAGGGGGCGGAGUGGGCGGUGUCGGGGUGGCUGCUGCGGGCGUAUCAGGUCUGGGAUCGGGAGCAGGAGUAGGAGCCGGCUUAGGCAUUGGACCGGGUUCGAUACGACAGCGCAGUGCCAGCACAGUGCUUGACAUUAAUUUACCGCAACGCAAGAUAUCCGUCGGUGGCGGUGGUGGUCCCUCAUCCCCCGUGAUCCUCCAGCAGCGCAGCAAUUCCACGGCAAUAAAUGGCUUCGGCACCGACGCCUCCUUAAUCCCCUCCAGGCACGAGGGUUUUAAUGGCCAGGUGGGUCAGGUGGGCAGUGGCAGUGUCUCCAGUGUCGUCGCCCCAGGCGUGGGAUUAACAGCCAGCCAUAAGAGUGUCCGCGGACGUCUAUCCAUCGGAGGUGCAGCUGCACCACUCAUCGCAUCAUCAGCUUCCCCAUCGACCGGUUCAGCAGGUGCACUCUCCGGCAAUCCACCCACCGGCAACACCCUCGGGGAUCCGGCUAGUGCUGGUGGUAGUGCCGGAUCAGCGCCAACCAUCGGAGGCACACCGCCCGUCCUGGCACCGGGUCCAAAGCGUCAGGGCAGCUUCUCGAAUGUGUUCUCAAAGCUAAUCGAUGGUAUGCCCGCCGGCACAAUGUUUGCCAAAUUCAAGAGCACCAACGUGGCUGCCUCCUCCUCGACGCAGAACGUGGCCGAUGGCAAUCCCAUUACGCAGUACUUCGAAAUCGGCAAGCCGGUGGCCUGUGCCGGGCCAGAGUUGAUCUGGCGCAUCCACGACGCCUACCGCAAGAGUGACAACAAGGAAUGUUCCGUCUUUAUAUUCGAAAAGAAAGUUGCCGAGAAACUGCACAAGCCGCGACGCAAGGAAACCAUAACUGAGUUGCUCAAAAGUUCGGUAAAGACCUUGGAGCGCUUUCGGCAUCCCAGGAUACUACAAAUCUAUCACACGGUGGAGGAGAAUGCAGACACGCUGGCCUUUGCCUCAGAGCCCAUCUUUGCCAGCCUCUCGAAUGUGCUGGCCUUCCACGAGUCUAAGACCUACGAGAACCCCAAUGUGCCACCGACAGCGGGAGGAACGGCAGGAGCUGGCCAGGCCCAGGCGGCGGCCAACACUCUUCCACAGCGACCUGCUCACGCCAAGGAAUACAAUUUCUUGGACAUGGAGCUGAAGUAUGGCUUUCUACAGCUGACCGAGGCACUGGCGUAUCUUCACUAUUCCGGUCACGUAAUUCAUCGCAAUGUGUGUCCAUCUUCUAUACUAAUAACCAAACGCGGCAUCUGGAAGCUCGCCGGCAUGGAAUAUGUGGAACGAAUGAACGAGAACGAUUUGAAUAGCUCCAUACCUUGUCCACCGUGGAGCAACAGGGUCUCGAAGAUGGCCCAACCGAAUCUGGAUUUUAUGGCACCUGAAACUCAGUCCACGUCCAAGUGCAGCCUGCUGAGCGACAUGUUCUCCCUGGGAAUGGUGAUUUGUGCGGUUUUCAACAGCGGCAGGCCGCUGAUUCAGGCCGGCAACUCCACCUCCAACUAUGCCAAGCAGAUGGAAUCGUUGGAUGAUCUGGUCCACAAGCUGAUGCCAAGGCUGCCAAUAGCCCUGCAGGAGGCCACUUCGCGCAUGGCCAGUCGAGAUGCAACCGCCAGACCCACCGCCCAGCUCCUGCAGCUCAUCAAGUACUUCAUCGAUCCGGCUAUAAGCGCUCUCAAAUUCCUGGACGUGGUCAACAUGAAGGACACGCAGCAGAAGUCCCAGUUCUACAAAACCACCUUGAUAGAGGCCAUGCCGUUGAUACCACGUAAACUCUGGUGGCAGAACAUCUGGCCCAUGCUCAAGUCGGAGAUCAACAACAACGAGGUCCUGGCAGCGGUCCUGCAACCGGUAAUGCUCUUCGUCCAGGAAGCCACUCACACCGAAUACGACAACCUGAUGUCGGCCACCAUGAAAGUCGUCUACAAUACACCGAAAUCCAUUCAGGCCAGCGUUACGAUACUCGAGAAUUUGCAUUUGAUUAUCGAGAAGACGAAGCCGGAGGAUGUCACCACAGACAUAAUGCCCAUGUUGUUCUGCUCCUUCGACGGUUCCACGAUACAAGUGCAGAGCGCUGCCGUGGUGGCCGUGGCCAACGUAUUCGAUAGCAUCGAUGAGCUCUCCAUUCGCCGGAUGGUCCUUCCCAAAGUUAAAUUGGUUUUCGAGAAAAACAUAACCGAUCCGAAGAUUGUCCAGAAUGUGCUGAUGUGCAUCGAACGGGUAAUGGACCGCAUGGAACGAGCACAGGUCAUGGACGAAGUCCUGCCGCUCCUGGCCAAUGUCCGCAUCCCCGAUCCCGAUAUCAUCAUGCGUACUGUGCGCAUCUAUCAUAAACUGUUUGUGGACAAAACCUAUGGCCUCACCGUUGAAACGAUGGCCACCAAUGUCCUGCCCCUGCUCAUACCCCACACCGUCAAUCCGGCACUCAAUUUCGAGCAAUAUUGCUACCUGCUGGAGGUGCUGCAACAGAUGCUGGAGGCCAUCGAUCGGCAGCAGAGGAACAAAUUGAAGCUGGACAACCUGUCGAUGGCCUCGCCAGAAAGGCACCGCACCCUGCGCCACCAGUUCUCCACGGACAACAUGAACGCACCGCCCUUCAAUAUCCCCAAUUUGCGAAUCGAUCAGCGAAAGACGUCCAGUGCCGAGGAUAUGGCCCGCAAAAAUUCCGGCGGUUCUGGCAUGCUGGGUGGCUGGUGGUUCGGCUGCUCACCCUCAUCGCCGGACAGCAAUUUCCUGCGCGUUGGCAACGUGUUCCCCAACCGACGACUAUCGGACAACACGCUGAUGACGCCCAAGAUCCGCAUUGCGCCCUCGUGCGCUUCCUCUCCGGGCGGAACUCCGGGCAGCGGACUACCGACCCGGCGGCACUCGAGCAUCGGGCCACAGGAACGGCGGGGCUCCACCAUCAAUUUGUCACCGCCAACUUAUGGUGCCCGCGGUAGCUCUGGAUCGAGUCUAUCGGUGCCAUCCACCUCGGUCUAUGUUAAAUCUCCUUUAUUGUACUCCCAAAAACAGGGUGGCUCCAUGCCGAACACCUCGAGCAGCGUCCCCUUCCUGCUGUCCUCCAGCAUGCAGUCGAUCAGGUCGCGUCGCCAGUCCACGGUGCUGUCGUCGGGACCGCUGGGAUCCGGAUCGGGUAUAUUGCAGCAGCUGGGAUCCGGAAUGGUAAGACAAUUAACUUCAGUAUCCGGCACGGUUAGCCCGGUGCCGUUAUUGCGGGUAAAUGGCACACGCAACAGCAACAGCAACGUCCGAAAGUGUCCGUCACUCAAUAUUACAUUCAGUCAAUAGUACGAUCUGAACGAAAUCGGCGGGGCUCCGGCCAUCGCCGAUUCCAGCAGAUAUUCGUACCGAUUGGCCCAAUCCAGCAGCUACAAUUCCGGCUACCAAUCCGGCUACAAUUACCAGCCCGGCUUUAAUUACUACCAAUCGGGCUAUAAUCCGAAUCAGAGCCUGUCGAAUCAGAGCCUCAACAAUAUGCGGAAACUGCGGAGCAUGAACCUCAAUCUCAAUCCGCCGAGGUUCUGAAACCGAUCACAGAACGACUAAUCGAAUCAAAUCGAAAUGAAACGAAUCGAAAUGAAUUUUUAAUUGGAAAAUUGACAAAUCAAAAAACAAAAUGAAACCAAGAAUAUGUUGUAUAUGCAAGAGGGGCAGAGGGUAAAAUGAAGCAAAUUAAUUCAAAAAUCGAUGUUGAGAACAAUCAAUGAAUGAAUAUAUAAACGAGUAUAUUUGAAUGUACCCAUGUGAGACCUACUUUAGAUUAGCGAACUACAUUUACUUACUUACUGUUGAUGCUGAAAGUAAUGCGAAUUACCAAAUUAUCAAACUAAUAUUUAUAUUAUGCAUACUACUAAUGUAAUCUUAGAUCGAAUACUAAACUGUUGUUUUUGGAGAAUUUAUUCAAGUCCUAAUUAUAUUAUAUACACACACAUAUAUAUAUAUAUUUGUAUGUACCAUAAGUGUUAAUGCUGAAACAUAUCUAAAAUCGUAACGAAGUUAUCCACCACCACUAACGCCCAAUUGGAUACUGUUGACUACUCAUUAUCCUUUCAAAUUGAUUAUCCUAGUUGUUGCCACACUCUCCUCGAACUGGAAAAUCGAAUCAAAGUUAAAGAGAGUAUCCCCUGAAGAUGCAUGUGUGUGUGCAUUAGGCACAAGUGUGAGGAACGUGGUGUUAGCCUUAUUUGAAUCCUUUAUCAUUAUCGUCCUGGUCAUAACUAAUGACGGCCCGUGUUAUUAUUGUUAAAUUGUCAAUACAUCUACCAGUUAGUUUAGCCUAAGCUCCACUGCACUAUGAAUUUAUUGGAUUAAUGUUGGAUUAAUAAACACGAUUCCCGGCCACGAGUUAGUACCAAUUAGUUAGCCGAAAUCGGGCCUAGGCAUUACGGUAGGAAGUUACCAAUUAGAAGCGUAUUAUAAGUUAACACACUAAGUUCCUGUACAUUGCGGUAUUCAAGAAUUUAAGGUAUUCAAGGUAUUUAAAUUGGAAUUAUGUUUUUGAUUUCUUGGUAGUUAUUCAAUAUUCUUUGCAUGGUUCAAGCUUGCUUUUUCAAUUGUUCACUCUUUUGGGACUUAAAGUUCAAAAAACUCAUUCAAUUUUUUCCAUUUUGUCCGAUCUAUACAUCCAUUUUUCGAAAUAUUUCUUCUUUAGUCUUGCCCAACCCCUACCAAUCAUUAAAACAGGUCAGGAUCUUUAAUAAAGUGUAGGUUUCAUACCGAUUAAUAGGUGAAACUGUUUCCUAGCAUUAAAGUUGAAAAAUAUUUGAAAAUAAAUAAGAAAACUCGUUACAUUGCAUGUGAGUUCUAUGCCUGCGACUUUCAGCUACAUUUUCGGUUGCUGCUUCGAUUGUAACAUAUUUAUGGUGUUACUAAGUGUAUCUUAACGUUUUCCAUGGCAUUGUGAAUGUAUCUGUACUCUUUGACUUGCCAUUUUACUUUCUGCCCAUCUGAACUGCACUAUGAAUAUAUAUAUAUUUGGAAAUACAACUCGAAAGAAAUGAGAAAAAUAACAAUAACAGGAUUAAAACUGCAAAGAAUCAACAAGCUAAGCUGCUCGCUAAUCAAGGAUAUAUUUGUACUAUAAACAUAGAUGUGUAAUCUUGAUUGAUUGACUGACACUGAAGGCUCCAGAAGGCUGCUUAAGGCUACCUGCUAUCUUGCAAUCUGUAUCUUAAAUCUAAACUAUAUAUGAAUCUGUCUAGACCGACUUGUCAGAUGUUUAUAUGCAUUUGUACUCGUAUUUUUACUCUACUACGAUUAAGUAAUUGCGAAUUUAUUGUAAUUGUUAAAUGUACACUUGGCUUUUGCACAAUCAGUGUUGCUUAACCCCUCAUUUUGAAACCUUUCCCCCGCUUUUGCAUUUGAAAUUAUUAUUUGCUUUUGGUGUAAGUUGUACUUAUUAUUAUACUUCGAAAUGUGCCUUAAGAGUUCAAAGGUUCUCGCAUUCAAAGUGCGUAGUUUUGGGCGACAAUUCUACAUCAAAAAAAUGAAUAUAUAUUUAUAAACUCUAAUUUGCUGAGAGAUCGUAAGGAGUGUACUAUCUAGACAAGCUUAAACGUAAGUGGCCGGAGUGAAGGUGCCCCCCAACUUACCCGACUCCCAACUAUACCCACACACUCAUCCACAAUUGUACCUUAGUAGUAGUUUUGUAGUCGCUCACAUCCGGCGGAAGUGCCAAGAACAGACACAAAUGUACACCUAGCCGUAAGUUGACCCUACUUAGAUGUCGUAGUUUUUGAUCCCAGAAACAGGACACCCAUCCGAGAACCGUGUGGAUGCAUGACUACCAAACCCCCUCCGAUAAUCCAAAGUCAAUGUACUACUUUUUGCUCAUCUACCCCCCAAAUAACCAUAAUUAUAAUAUUGUAUGUGACAAUUCCGCUCAUUCCUUGUCUCUUCAAAUAUUUGGUGUUUUCCCGUAAUCGUAAUUACCGUAAUAUACGUAAUAAACCCGUAAUACUCGUUGCCAAACGGAGUCCCAGACACUCCGCCAUUAAGUAGCUGCAGCAGUUUCCCAAUCUUUUUGUAACAGUAGCUAGAUACCUACUUCGUACAUAUUUAAAACAUAUUACCAAUAGAUCUAUGUAUUUUGAAAAUCGUUUGAAAUCGAACAACCAGAUUGAUGGCCUAAUUAUCUUGCAACAACUCUAUUACAGUAUCAACUAUUCUCCGGACGUAACUAAAGAUACAAAAACGCAAAACAAGCUAAUUACAUUCAAAAGAAUCCAAUUACUUUCAAUGAAAUUUCGGUCCAUUUAUGAAACACCAGUAAUCAACCUAUAUUAGCAUAAUAAAAGAAUAUUUUAAAACAAUUGUAAACGUAUACCAAAGGAUGAAAAUUUAAUAAGUAUUUCAAUCGAAACCUCUAAAUGUUGUUAGCCAAUUCAAUUCGAUGUGACCAAGACAACAUUAUAUUCACAAAAAAAACUAUAUAUAUGAGUAAAUAAAUCAACAAUUUUAAUGUAAUUUUCAAGAGAAAUGUGUUAAACACGUAAACACGUAAAGACAAAAAUCACAAGAGCCAUUAAAAAUUAAAACAAGAAUACACUGCUAUAUGCAAUCAAUUCAUAGAAAACCCAAAUGUAUUAUAUAUAUAUUUAUUAUAAAGUUCAUAUUUAUUAUUUCUUAAAACCUUAUCAUAUCAGAGGAUAUUUAUAUAUAAAUUACAUUUCAUACUCAUAGUUAGGCAUAUAUUUUUUUUACAGCCACAUACACACAUCAUAACCUAGGAGAGCACAAAAUAUAUCAGAUACUAUUAUGUAUAUCGAGUACCUAAAGCGUACCUAGCAUCAAGAAAAUCAAACUUAUCCCAGAGCUUUACAGCAGACGCAAUCAAAAUGAGAACGGGGAGAAUUAUUUUUAGCAAAGAUCACCCAUAUUUAUACCAACAUAUUCCAAUCAUAAAUCAUUAAAUAUAUAUUUAUAUACAAGUAAACCCAAAACUACUACUAAGGUGAAUUAC